GAUACACGUCGCAAACGAAAUGAAAGAUUCCGGCUUGUUAACCGACUGCCCGUCGUUCAACAAAGCAAUGUCAUGUUACGCCACAAGCGGGAAUCUAACCGAGUGCGGUGAAAUGCUGCACGAAAUGAUCGUAACUCAAAAACUAUCGCCCACAAUGGGAACGUUCAAAGUAUUAUUUACCGUUUUGAAAAAAGGCGGGAUUCCAGUUGAAGCAGUUGAACAGCUCGAGUUCGCUUACCAGGAAAGUAAACCGUACGCUAAACAAUCCAUCGUGACAGCUGUCUUUUCAGUAGUUGGUCUGCACACGUACGCGUUGGAUUUUUUUCAAACUUUUAUAAAGUUCGAGACGGGUUUGGAUGUCUUUGUGUAUAACGUCGCGAUUUAUGUUUAUGGGGGCUUGGGGAGAAUCGAUGAUGCGUUAAAGAUGUUCAUGAGGAUGCAAGAUGAAGGUAUGGAAGCGGAUGUUGUUACGUAUAUAUACCUUGUUGGUUGUUACGCGAAAGCUGGUAUGUUGGAGGGGGUAAAGCGUGUAUACAGCAAGCUAAAAUAUGGUGAAAUUGAUCGGAAGGAGUCUUUAUUUAAGGCGAUUAUAGAAGCGUAUAAGUUUUUGAACCGGCAUGACCUUGCAGAACUGGUGAACCAAGAGAUGAAUUUGGUUUCUGAUUCGGAACCGUUGCCUUCUUCUGAGGAAGAAGAUGAUGAGGUAGAUGAAACAUCUGUAAGUUUAUCUGUAUGAACAAAUGUGUACACUACUAUUGCAUGAUAAUAGAUUCAAGUGGAUAUUAUAAUUGUAAAGAUUAGUUGUAGACGAACUAGGUUGUACGGGUCGUGUUGAAUGUAGUCGAAUAUUUUUAAAACAGAUAAUUUUUAAUGUUUAUGUUUUAUAUGUGUUAUCUACAAAAGUUUUAUAAUGAACAGGUGAUUUGAUUCGGCCCAAUUUGUUUUGACCGGAACUUAAACAUGACAUGUUUUGACUUAAAACACAUUUUGAGCAUCACAUAGCCUCAUAGCGAGGUCAAUGUGUUUGUUUUUGUGGCGUAUUCGCUCGUUACCAUUGUGUCAUGGAAUCAUGAGUUAGGGGUGGCAAUUAAUGACACUACGUAAAUCAUACAACUAAAAAUAAACACGUUUUGGCUGAAGCUUCCCGGGUUUACUUCCAAUAGGUUGAUACAAAUACCCUAUUCAAAGGGGCAUGGUGUCCCCUACAGACGGUCUACAUCCUACCCUCUCCAGACCCCACCAAUAGCUUUGCUAUUUGUGGGACUUACCGGGUACUGUUGUUGUACGUUUUUUUUAACGCCAAAUGUUAGUAUCUACUUUACUCCAUUAAUCACCCAGGUUUGAACCUAAGACCUUUUCUUUAAGAGACAUGUGUCUCUCUACCAAGUGGGCAGGUAGAGAUAAACAAGAAAUUGGUUUGGCAAAACCAACCCGAACUGAAACUGGUUUGAAACCGAUCCCAUACAAAUAUGUUUCGUUUGGUUUGGAAUACAAACCGUAGCUAUGGGACCACCGGGUUUUGGCCAAACCGGUCCAUUUAUUUAAUGCAGCUUUAUUUUAUUGAACUGUUUUAAAAAUUUAUAAAGAAAUGGUAAUUAAAAUAGUUUGAAAACUAUAUACAAUAAUAAAAUUCACAUUUUACGAACCAAAACCAAAACUGAACCGAGCUGAAACCGGAUCGAAACUGGUGUUUCAAACUCAUCAAACCGAGACAAAAUCGACCCGGUUUAUAAUCGAAACAAGUUUGACUUGAAACUAGUCAAAGUCAAAACUGAUUCUAAACCGGUUUGAAUUAAAAAAAAAAACCGUUUGCAAUUUGUGAAAGGAAUAUAUUUGCAAUUUGUGGUAUAAAAAACCAAACGACGCCGUUACCAUCAAAUCGGCAUCAACAUCUUCUCCUCAAAACCCUGCUCACCGGCCGAUCGAUCGGAAAAAUUCAGAGCUGCAAAAUGGCGUCAACUUUGGCGGUUCGUCAAGCCGCAAACCUACUCCGUCUCUCCUCUCCAAGAUCGGCUUCUCAAGCCGCUUCCCUUAUCCAGCGCCGCGGUCUCGCUGGCUCCGCCGAUCAUCAUGGACCUGCGAAGGUUGACUUCUGGAAAGAUCCGAUGAGUCCUUCUAAGUGGAAGGAAGAGCAUUUUGUGAUCAUCUCUUUAUCUGGCUGGGGCUUAGCAAUCUUUGGUGGGUAUAAGGCUUUUUCAGGAGGCAAGAAGAAAGAUGAGAAAUUGGUGGAAGCAGUGAACUAAGUGGUUGAAAUUUGCUCCAGAAGCUUUUUGCUAAUAAGUUGUAUGUGUCAAUGUAAGAUUAAUUCCGAAAUUCAGCUUGGUUUGGGUUUGUGUUCGGGUCCCUCAAGUUUAUUGACAUAUUUUAUUAAGAUACUAUACGCACAUUUUUGCCAUUCGCGUAUUUGAAUAACAACUAUCUUUAAGUUUCCGUG